AUGAGCAGAUGUUCCGCUAAUCAGCAAUUCACUUUCGUUACUGGCUUGUUUCUUAACGAGGCCCUUACAUGGUGGAACUUACAAGUGCAAACUUUGGGUGAUAACGCUGCUUAUGCGUUAACUUGGGAGGAACUGAAGGAACGUAUGAGGGAUAAGUAUUGUUCUGGUGCUGAACUCCAGAAGUUGGAGAACGAGUUUUGGAACCUUACCAUGGUCGGAGCUGAUAUCACGAGAUAUACGCAAAGGUUUCACGAUCUGUCCCGCGUGAUUCCUUAUCUUGUGACACCAGAAUACAAGCGUAUCGAACGCUACAUCUGGGGACUUUCUGAAAAGAUUCGAAGUUUGGUUACUGCAGCUAAACCCACGACUAUUACUCAGGCUGUGACUAUAGCCGUGAGUCUUACUGAAGACGGGGUCAGGAUGAAAAUAUUCGGUGAGAAAGGUGACGAUAAAAAGGAAACACAUACCGAGUCUUCCAACCGUGGGCGACAGAAUAACCCGCAAAAGGAUGCAAGGGCGUUUGUAGCGACAAACGACACUUGUCCUAAGAAGUACGCUGGUACUUUACCUAAGUGUGAGCGAUGCAAAUAUCAUCACUUGGGUGAUUGUCGGGUUGUCAAGUGUGACAAGUGUGGCAAGAAUGGCCACCGUGCUGAAUCAUGUUGGGGAACGGGAAAUAAUACUGGAUCGGGAAGUGGAUUUGAUAACAAGAAUGGGAACGGGAAUGGUCGUGGUCAAGGAUGCUUUGGAUGUGGAAGCAAAGAUCACUACAAGAAAGAUUGUCCUAAAGAAAACCAAGCUCGUGGUCGAUCUUUUGUGAUUGGAGCCAAGGAUGCGCGCCAAGACCCUAAUGUGGUCACUGGUACGUUUCUCCUCAAUGAUUAUUUCGCAUACAUAUUAUUUGAUACCGGAGCCGAUUUUAGUUUUAUCUCUAUAGAAUUUAAAAAUAUUCUGGGCUUGGAACCUAGUAAGCUAGAUGUUCCAUAUUCUAUAGAAUUGGCUAACGGUAGACUAAUAGAGACGGGAGAAGUUGUUAAGGAGUGUACCUUAGAACUUGGCGAACAAAAAUUCAAUAUCGAUCUCUUACCCAUUGAAUUGGGUAGUUUCGACGUAGUGGUUGGCAUGGAUUGGCUAUCCAACAAUCGAGCCGAAGUCGUUUGCCACGAGAAGAUAAUUCGACUACCACUACCGAACGAAGAGACACUUGUUAUACAUGGAGAGAAGCGUGACACCCCAUUACGGAUCAUCAAUUGCAUGAAAGCACAGAAAUACUUACGGAAAGGUUAUAUUGCCUUUCUAGCGCAUGUUGUAGACAAGAAGGCCGAUGGGCCGAAGUUGACGGAUAUUCCGUUACGGAUUCAAGAAGAAAGCGUACCGAAAACGGCUUUUCGAACUCGUUACGGUCAUUAG